AUGAUAAGUAAUGCAUCUUUUUCUUCCUGGACUAACAAUACUCUGCCACCCAUCAGAGUGUCACAUGUCACGAAAGAUGAGUGGGGGUUAAGCCGACCAACCGUCACAAGUAAUUGUAGCAUUAGCAGCAAUGAAAGCACUUCAAGCGUUGCACCAAUGAGUGAAACAAAAGAUCAAGGAAAAGGAGAACAGAACAGGCCAAUGAGAGAUUCUGGGUUUUUGUCGGAGGAUUUGAAUAGGACGGUCCGAAAGCCUUACACCAUCACUAAGUCUAAGGAGAGCAGGACCGAACAAGAGGACGGCAUGUUUCUCGAAGCACUCCAACUGCAACCAUUCUGCAGCAAGUGGACUCCUACAUGUUUUCAUCAGUAUGCUUGUGUAGUUUCAUCCCUAAACCAGAUGUUCAAGGCUGCCUCCCACGUUACAGGACCAUUUCAAUCUUCGGCAGCUCUGCAUGAACCUGGGCAUGCUCGCAGGCCAGAUUCAUUUUCAGUUCCCAGAGACAUGAUAAGCAAUGCAUCUUUAUCUUCCUGUACUAACAAUAGUCUGUCACCCAUCAGUGUGUCUCAUGUCACGAAAGAUGAUUGGGGGUUAAGCUGGCCAACCGCCACAAGUAAUUGUAGCAUUAGUAGCAAUGAAAGCACUCCAAGCGUUGCAACAACUGGUGAAACAAAAGAUCAAGGAAAAGGAGAACAAAACAAGCCAAUGAGAGGUAUGUAA